UUUCCGCAAGUUGUUUUUGCAGCUGACGCGCGGCAAAGAACAAAGCGGGCAAACGGCGCACCUCGUGUAAACGCCACACAUGUUACUUCCCUACCAUAGUCAUAUAUUCAGUCUUGGCUGAACUGUCUAGCAAAAUAUGUAUUGCCCAGUUUACGGGUGUAAUAGUAGCAGUAAAACAGAUAGUGGUAUCCAUUUUUUUUCGUUUCCGAGUGGAAAAUCAGUCGACCAGCAAUACAGAAGAAAGGCGUGGAUAGAAUUUUGUAAACGGAAAUAUUUUUCACCAUCUUCGUGCACUAGAAUAUGUUCUCUGCACUUUAACGAAGAUGCGUAUGAACCAGGAAAUUCACCACAAUUCCUUCAGAGAAUAGAAUGCAAAGAAAAGUUUUCGGUUCGUUUAAAAAGAGAUGCAUUGCCAACAUUAAACAAGCCCUUAGCAGAUUCCAACCAACCGAAAAGCAUUAAGACGAGAGAACAUACCUUGAGAAGACAACGAAAAAAGGGGAUUUUGGAGAUGUGUUCGGAGGGACAACCUUCAACCUCAAAGGAGCAGGCGUCUACAUCCGACGAACAAAGCGGUGAAGAAUUAGACGUCCAGCAACGUGAACAAGAAGAUGCCCCAAUAUCUAUGACAUGCACGGCUUCAACACAGACCACCGAAGCGCUCAAUCCUCCACAUACCUCUUCCAAGUCCACACAAACAACCAUCAUGUCGAACUCAGUUAAAACUCAAACCGUCAUGGACGCGACUUCAACAUUCUUUCAAACUACAACUAAACCACAAAUGAUAUCGACUCCAACACAAACCAUUUCGGACGCAUCAUCGACAACCUUAAAUAUACAACCUAACCAGGAGAGCCUCCAAAACCAGGCACAACUGGAUGAAGCUACUCAGUUGAAGUCGACAUAUGACACGAUAGAAACCAGCGUCCACCCCGAGGAAUACAGCAGCAGUAUCAGUGAAGUUUCCUCAAAAGAAGAAGAGUACGUACCAGGCAAGGAAACAUCGAAUGAAACGGAGAGCACGGACGAAGAAGAACCAGACCAGAGGCGUGUUUUACUGAGACCGGGGAAAUUACCAGAAGAACAGAUUAAAUUGAUCGUGUUCGAAGAUUCCAUCAUGCAAGUGUUUGGUAAAUGCUGGAAAUGUGGUGCUAAUUGUACCGUUGCCAUCGAAAGCCAGAUAGGAUCAUUUUGCAAUGUUAUUAGCUCUUGUUGCGUGGAGGAAAACCAUAUACAAAAGUGGACGACAGGCCCAACAAACAAUUGUAUGCCCAUAUUUCACCUUUUAUUGGCUUCUGGUAUCCUUGCUACAGGGUUGGAAUCAUCCAAAGUUCUUAGACUGUUUUCUGCUUUGAGGAUUCCUAACGUAAAGCAACGAGAAUUGUCAAAUAUAUUGAAAUGUUAUGUCAUUCCAUCAGUUUUAAAGUUUGGAAAAAGGAACAAACUUCGAAGCUGA